UAAGAAGAGACCGGAUGUUGACAAAUUUCAUGUCACUGUUCUUGGAAGGUCGUUUGUUUGUGUGAAGAUUUCUUAUCUGGGAUCUCUCUCUUUAAGAAUCUCUCUCUCUAAAAACCUCUGAGAGAGAGAGAGAGCGAGAGAGAAAGAGAGAGAGAGAGUGACCCAGCAGAUCGAAAUCUCCUCUUUUUCUUCAACCCAGUGACGAUCUAAGCUUCUUCAAUGUUGUGCAAAAUCACCCACUUUGUUUUUUUUGUCCUAUAAUUAUUGGUUUUAGCUACUUUUUUUUCUCCAACGACUCCAAAAGCCUGAAUCCCUUUUGCUGUACGUGGAGGUCUCUUCCAUGGAGGAAUCCAUCAGGUCCAUGACGGAAUUUUGAGCCGAGGUUAUAGGAGAUGACAGUCUAAGUUAUCAGAAAUGGGAACCAAAGUGCAGAAUCUACCAGGGUGCUACUCAAUGAGAGAUCUUAAUGAGGAAUCCAGCAGUUGUGGCUGGCCUUUAUUGCAUGGAGACAAAACACAUACCAAUGGGCAGUAUUAUAAUGAUUAUCAGCCACGUGCAGAUGGAUGCUCAGUAUAUGAUAAAGAUUUUGUGAAGCAGAUGAUGCUUGAGCACGAAGCCAUAUUUAAGAAACAGGUCUAUGAACUUCACCGUUUGUACAACGUACAAAAGAGUUUGAUGGAUGAAGCUAAGAAUAAAGAGUUGAGCAAGAAUUGCUUGCCUAUUGAGGCGUCAUUUUCAACAGAUCGCUUGGUGUCUCAAAUCACAUCUGAAGAUGGCCAAAAAUGGCAUUAUUCUGGCUUUCCUUUGGCAAAUGCUACUGGUGCUGCUAGACUAUAUAUUUCAGGCGUUGAGGGUGUUCAUUCUUCUCUGGGUUCUGCUCAAGGAAAUGGUAAGCAUUGUGGUCUAUUUCCUUUGUCAAAUGGGAGUAGUUCAAAAGAUGUUGUGAUAGAGUCCAGACCCUCAAAGGCGAGGAGGAAAAUGUUGUUUGAUCUUCAACUCCCUGCUGAUCAGUAUCUUGAUACUGAGGAAAGUGAAAAGCUAAGUGAUGAAAAUAUGCGUGGUACAACCACAUACCCACCAGAUAGAAAUUGUACACAUGAAUGGGAGAAUAAUGUGAAGCUUUCUUGUGGCAAUGGUGGGAAGGCUGGUAGCCAUGAAGACAGUUCACAAUGUGAUCAGUCUUCAAGGACCAGAAAUGGUUUGGCUGACUUAAAUGAACCUGUUCAGGUGGAAGAAACAACUGCUUCUGCAUAUGGUCAUCUUAGUCAUUAUUCCUGUCAAGGUACUGAAUGCUCUGAUCUAUCUGCCAAAGAGAAGUCACGGUUUUUUAAUCUGUCUGGGGAUGGUUCACUCAACUCAUAUCACAGAAGCGAUAUCCGGGCUCAAAAUACUGAAUAUUUGGAGAAUAUUGGGACUGGAAGAGGAUGGAUUCCAUCAGUGCUUGAAUCAGGGCAAGCCAAAAGUAACGGCACACCUGUUCCUCAAGUUCUCAAACAAGAAAAAUCAAUUUUACCGUCCCAAAUUGGGCAAGAUGGACUCAAAAAGGCCAGUGAGCAUCCAUCGGACUAUCUAACUAACUUAAGCAAGAUUAAUACAUGGAGGGAAAAGACAGUCUGUAAUUUAGAAGUCAGUGAAAGAAGUCAUGAAAUGUCCAUGAAGGAGCAUCCUGAAUCCAUUGCGUCUUCACAUAGAGUUGGUCACUCUGCUGUCACUCCUUCUUCUAACUUGGCUAAGAGUUGGUCUCAUUCAACCUCUUCUGGGGAAAUGGCAAGUAGCUUAAACCAGAAAUUGAUGUCAUUUAAGAUGCCCCCAUGUUUACCUGGUAACUUGAGAAAGAAUUCCAUGUCAGGUCAGAGUGAUGUGAUCUUUGGAGAUAGUUGGCCUGGAAAUACUAAUUCCAAGUCUAACUCAGGUUAUCUAUCUGAAGUACCUGUACAGAAUGGAUUUUACCAUGGGUCUUCACCAGGGUCCCAGGAGCCAUCUGUGAACAUCUCGUCAAUCAGUUAUGACUAUCUAAACCAUAAUAACGAUUAUAAGGGAAUUUCUGAGCACCUUAUUAACCGUGGUUCAGCAAAAUACAAUAAGGGUUCAAGCUGCAAUAACAUGGAGUCUGGAAGAGAUCAAAACUUAAACGGGCUGUUUUCGAGUGGUUCAUCCAAUAACUGUGUUUCCCAAUCAGGUUUGGGGAUAAUGGACAGAGAGCGCAAGCAUGAGGAACAUCUUGCAGUGUUACCUUGGCUUAAACCCAAGUCGUCUUUCAAGAAUGAGUUGCUUAGCAGUGGCGGAGGUUUUACAGCUGGGGAGCCAAGUAUCUCACAAGCUGUUUCAUUAUUCAACAUAGACAAAACUGGAAAGGGGCCUUCUGGAAAUUUUAUGCGCACUCUAACUUCAGCUUCGUGUUCUAAUGAUUUUGAUCCUAGGAGGACAGAGGCAGGUGACAGCUCUAAUAUUAAGAAAAUUCUUGGUGUUCCCAUAUUUGGUAUGCCCCAUCAAUCUCCCAAGAAGGAGUGUUCUUCCUUCACCUCACCCUGUGUGUCAAUUCCUCGUCCAUUUGAUGCAGAAACAGUGGAAAAUAAUCAGAAAAAGGGGAUGCUUGACAUUAACUUGCCUUGUCAUGCUGGGGUUCUUGAGUUGGAGGAACAGGUUCUUACUGAAAAUGUUUCUGAGAGGAAAGAUUCUUCUACCACAGAAGUCAACACUAGAACCCAGAUUGAUCUGAACUUGAGCAUGAGUGAGGAUGAAGAAUCUUUGGCUCCAAUUUCUACUUCCCAUGUAAAAAUGAAGCCAGAAAUAGACCUGGAAGCCCCUGCUGUUCCUGAGGUAGAGGAGGAUGCCACUGAAGAGAAGCUGCUAGAAACUUCUCUGUCAUCACCAAGAGGCUCUCAAGACAAAGUUGGACAGCCAGAGGAUGAACUCAUUGAGUGCGCUGUGGAGGUGAUAGUUGCCAUUUCAUCUCUGCCCUGCAAUCAAGAGGAAGAUAUGAUCAGCAGUCCAUCUGAAAGUCCAAUGGUGGACCCGCUUAGGUGGUUUGUGGAUUUAGUUUUGGAUAUGUCCAAGGAAAAAUGUGGAGAACAUAAUAGGGAGGAAUCUGCCUCUGAAGCAAUGGAUUACUUUGAGUCCAUGACAUUGAAACUGACAGAAACCAAGGAAGAAGACUACAUGCCCAAGCCUCUUGUUCCGGAAAUCUUCAAAGCGGAUGAACCUGGGGCAGCUUUGUUACCAACACGGACACGAAAAGGCCCUGCACGGAGGGGGAGGCAACAGAGGGAUUUCCAAAGGGAUAUCCUUCCAGGCAUUGCAUCUUUGUCAAGGCAUGAAGUAACAGAAGAUCUUCAGACAUUUGGGGGGCUUAUGAGAGCCACGGGUCAUACGUGGCAUUCGGGGUUAACUAGGAGAAGCUCUUCUAGGAAUAGGUGUGGCCGGGGAAGGCGGCGAUUGCAGGUUACCCCAUCUCCUCCCCCUCCCCCUCCCCCUGCGGCAAACAAUGAAAUGAGUACUCCGCUGGUCCAGCACCUCAAUAAUAUUGAAGUGGUUGGAUUGGAAGAUAGAAGCCUAACAGGUUGGGGCAAGACAACCAGAAGGCCUCGUAGGCAGCGAUGCCCAGCCGGUAACCCCAUGCCGAUCCUGCUAGCCUAAUCAUGUAAAAGGCUCAAAUUUAUGUACGAGAGUUUGUAGAUGGUAAGCAGGGUCAUUCUCCACAUUUGGCAUAACAUUUUCUCUGGUCGGGGGGGAUUUCUCUUGUACAUUUUUUCAACCCGUAUUUGGGUAACAUUCCUGGUUGCCAGUCAUCGAGUCAUACCGACUUGUAUUGUUUUUGAAUAAUGCUGUUUGAUUUCUUUUUAGUUAUAUCUUCAAAGAACAUCUGAGACAUAUAUAGGCCCUCCUUCAACCAGUACCUUCUCACUUGGAUUUCUAUAUAGCAGUGAUUUUUUUAGCUAUUCUAGGUGCUAGGCUGUGUGCUGCAUUUGAGUACAGCCUCAAAGAACGAGAGCUUUGGUUAGCUUAGGCUAUGUUAUGUAGUUGUAUGAAUCCUCUUGCGACUCACUGUUCUCUGACGCUUUUCAUUCACAAAUGUGGCUCAAUCAGCAUUAUAUGCUUUAGUAUUUGGAGGCUGA